GGUGUGAGGUGGUUUUAAUUUGCAUUUCUCUGAUGAUUAGUGACAUUGAGCAACUUUCAUAUGUCUGUUGGUUCUCUUUGGAGAAAUGUGUAUUUAGGUCCUUUGCCCAUUUUCAAAUUGGAUUUUUUGGUGUUGAGUUUUAUAAGUUCCUUGUAAAAUUUGGAUAGUAACCCCUUAUCAGAUGUAUCAUUGGUGAAUAUAUUCUCCCAUAUAGUGGGUUGUCUUUUCAUUUUGUUGAUGGUCUCCUUUGCUGUACAAAAACUUUUUAGUUUGGUGUAGUCCUACUUGUUUAUUUUUUCUUUCAUUUCUCUUGCCUGAGGCAAUAUAUUAGAAGAAAUACUACUGCCAGAAAUGUUGGAGAUUUUACUGCCUGUGUUUUCUUCUAGGAUUUUGAUAGUUUUGAGUCUAAAAGAUUUUUGUCCCUGAGUCAUGGAAGACAGAAGAGCUGAGAAGUCAUGUGAACAAGCGUGUGAAUCACUCAAGAGGCAGGACUAUGAAAUGGCCCUCAAGCACUGCACAGAGGCCCUUCUUUCUCUUGGCCAGUACUCCAUGGCUGACUUCAUAGGGCCGUGUUCACUGGAAAUAGAAAGUAUCAAAAUUGAGAGUCUUCUUUACAGAAUUGCCUCAUUUUUGCAACUGAAAAAGUAUGGACAAGCUGAUGAAGAUUGUAGGCAUGUGCUGGGAGAAGGACUGGCCAAGGGAGAUGGUGCUUUUCAGGCAGUGCUUUGCUGCAUGCAGCUGAAAGGAAAGCUUCAACUUGUAUCCAACAUUCUUGCCAAGUCACUAACAGGAGAGUCCCUGAAUGGGAUGGUAACAAAAGAUUUAACAAGACUAAAAACACUUCUCACAGAAACAGAGACAGCAACUAGUAACGUCCUCUCUGGAUAUCACGUGGAAGAUUUAGAAGAGGGAUCUUGUAAUGGUUGGCAUUUCCGCCCACCACCUAGGGGAAUCACAAGCAGCGAGGAAUAUACUUUGUGUAAAAGAUUUUUAGAGCAAGGAAUCUGUAGGUAUGGUGCCCAGUGUACUUCAGCACAUUCCCAGGAAGAACUAGCAGAAUGGCAGAAAAGAUAUGCUUCACGGUUGAUAAAAUUGAAACAGCAAAAUGAGAAUAAACAGUUCUCAGGCAGUUACAUGGAAACCUUGAUAGAAAAGUGGAUGAAUUCAUUAUCUCCUGAGAAAGUGCUUAGUGAAUGUGUUGAAGGAGUAAAGGUAGAGCAUAAUCCUGAUCUGACGGUUACUGUCAACACCAAAAAGUCUCACCAGACAUGGACUUUUGCUCUCACCUGUAAGCCUGCAAGAAUGCUGUAUCGUGUAGCAUUGCUUUAUGAUGCUCAUCGUCCUCAUUUUAGUAUCAUUGCAAUAUCUGCCGGAGAUAGUACUACCCAGGUAUCACAAGAAGUCCCAGAAAACUGUCAAGAAUGGAUAGGAGGAAAGAUGGCCCAAAAUGGAUUAGAUCAUUACGUGUAUAAAGUCGGGAUAGCAUUUAACACAGAAAUAUUUGGAACUUUUCGCCAAACCAUAGUUUUCGACUUUGGAUUGGAACCAGUACUCAUGCAAAGAGUAAUGAUUGAUGCAGCUUCUACAGAAGAUCUUGAGUACCUGAUGCACGCAAAACAACAGCUAGUAACCACAGCUAAGCGUUGGGAUUCUUCUUCUAAGACUAUUAUAGAGUUUGAACCUAAUGAAACUACUGAUUUGGAGAAGAGCCUUCUUAUCAGAUACCAAAUUCCUCUCUCUGCUGACCAGCUAUUUACCCAGUCCGUUUUAGACAAGUCAUUGACCAAGACCAACUAUCAGUCACGGUUGCAUGACCUUCUUUAUAUUGAGGAGAUAGCUCAGUAUAAAGAAGUAAGCAAGUUCAAUCUUAAAGUGCAAUUGCAGAUUCUGGCAAGCUUCAUGCUCACUGGAGUUUCUGGAGGUGCAAAGUAUGCUCAGAAUGGACAACUUUUUGGUCGUUUUAAGCUUACUGAAACACUUUCUGAAGAUACUUUGGCAGGACGGCUUGUGAUGACCAAAGUCAAUGCUGUUUAUUUAUUACCAGUCCCUAAAGAGAAGUUAGUACAGACCCAGGGAACCAAAGAGAAGGUUUAUGAAGCUACUAUUGAAGAAAAAACAAAAGAAUAUAUAUUUUUAAGGAUAUCCAGGGAAUGCUGUGAAGAACUUAAUCUUCGGCCUGACUGUGACACACAGGUUGAACUUCAGUUUCAAUUAAAUCGAUUACCCCUCUGUGAAAUGCAUUAUGCGCUAGACAGGAUCAAGGACAAUGGGGUUUUAUUUCCAGACAUCACUAUGACUCCAACCAUACCUUGGAGUCCCAACAGACAGUGGGAUGAACAGUUGGAUCCUCGACUAAAUGCAAAACAGAAAGAAGCUGUUCUAGCCAUUACAACCCCACUUUCAAUACAGCUGCCUCCUGUUCUCAUCAUCGGACCCUAUGGGACAGGCAAAACCUUCACUCUAGCUCAGGCUGUAAAGCACAUACUCCAGCAACAGGAGACAAGCAGGAUUCUCAUUUGCACCCAUUCUAAUAGUGCUGCUGAUCUCUACAUAAAGGAUUAUUUACAUCCCUAUGUAGAAGCAGGCAAUCCCCAGGCAAGACCUCUCAGGGUAUAUUUCAGAAAUCGCUGGGUAAAGACUGUUCACCCAGUUGUGCAUCAGUACUGUUUGAUCUCAAGCGCACAUUCCACCUUUCAGAUGCCACAGAAAGAAGAUAUUCUUAAGCACCGAGUGGUUGUUGUUACCUUGAAUACUUCCCAGUACCUCUGUCAGUUGGACCUUGAACCUGGGUUUUUUACGCACAUUCUGUUAGAUGAAGCUGCCCAGGCCAUGGAGUGUGAAACCAUUAUGCCUCUAGCAUUAGCAACUAAAAGCACUCGGGUUGUCUUGGCUGGUGACCACAUGCAGCUCAGUCCUUUUGUUUACAGCGAGUUUGCCAGGGAGAGAAACCUUCAUGUUUCAUUACUUGAUCGACUCUAUGAGCAUUACCCCGCUGAGUUCCCAUGCAGGAUCCUCCUCUGUGAGAACUACCGGUCCCAUGAAGCUAUCAUCAAUUACACCUCUGAGCUCUUCUAUGAGGGCAAACUGAUGGCCAGUGGAAAGCAACCAGCACACAAGGAUUUCUACCCACUCACUUUCUUUACAGCUCGAGGGGAAGAUGUACAAGAAAAAAAUAGCACAGCUUAUUAUAAUAAUGCAGAGGUAUUUGAAGUGGUGGAGCGUGUGGAAGAGUUAAGAAGGAAAUGGCCAGUAGCAUGGGGGAAGUUAGAUGAUGGCAGUAUCGGUGUGGUGACUCCAUAUGCUGAUCAAGUGUUUAGGAUACGUGCUGAACUUCGAAAAAAGAGAUUAUCUGAUGUUAAUGUAGAAAGGGUGCUAAAUGUUCAAGGAAAGCAAUUCAGAGUUUUGUUUCUUAGCACAGUACGGACAAGGCAUACUUGUAAACAUAAACAGACACCAAUUAAAAAGAAAGAACAACUGCUGGAAGAUUCCACAGAGGAUUUAGAUUAUGGUUUUUUAUCUAACUACAAACUUCUCAACACUGCCAUCACAAGAGCACAGUCCCUGGUUGCUGUGGUAGGUGAUCCCAUUGCUCUGUGCUCCAUUGGAAGAUGCAGGAAAUUUUGGGAGCGGUUUAUUGCCCUGUGUCAUGAAAAUAAUAGCCUACACGGAAUCACUUUUGAACAGAUCAAAGCUCAACUAGAGGCUUUAGAACUAAAGAAGACAUAUGUGUUGAAUCCACUGGCACCCGAAUUUAUCCCCCGGGCCCUAAGACUGCAGCAUUCAGGAAGUGCCAACAAGCUGCAGCAAUCACCCCCCAAGGGGAAAAGCCUCCAACAUACCCAGAAUGAUCAUUUCCAGAAUGAUGGAAUUGUUCAACCCAAUCCUUCUGUUCUUAUUGGCAAUCCUAUUAGAGCAUAUACUCCUCCACCCCCUCUUGGACCUCAUCCAAAUUUGGGAAAAUCUCCAAGCCCUGUCCAGAGAAUAGAUCCUCACACUGGGACAAGUAUUCUUUAUGUACCUGCUGUCUAUGGAGGGAAUGUAGUUAUGUCGGUGCCUUUACCUGUACCAUGGACAGGAUACCAGGGUAGGUUUGCAGUUGAUCCUCGAAUCAUUACACAUCAGGCAGCAAUGGCCUACAAUAUGAACCUCUUACAGACGCAUGGACGGGGGUCUCCUCUACCUUAUGGCCUUGGGCAUCAUCCCCCUGUCAGCAUAGGGCAGCCACAGAACCCACAUCAGGAGAAGGAUCAGCAUGAGCAACAUCGAAAUGGUAAAAGUGAUACAAAUAAUCCUGGACCUGAAAUUAAUAAGAUUCGAACACCAGAGAAAAAGCUUACAGAAUCAAAACAGAUUGAUUUGGAAUCAAAUCCACAGAACAGAAGUCCUGAAUCACGUCCUGGUGUUGUUUAUCCCAAUACCAAAUUUCAUCGCAAAGAUAAUCUCAACCCAAGACACAUAAACCUUCCCCUUCCUGCUCCCCCUGCACAGUAUGCCAUCCCCGGUCGCCAUUUUCAUCCCCUUCCCCAGUUACCAAGAGCACCAUUUCCAGUUCCGCAGCAGCAUGCCUUGUUAAACCAGCAGCAGAAUAAUUUGCCCGAACAAGCAAACCAAAUGCCACCCCAACCAAAUCAGGUAGUCCAGCAGCAGAAUCCUUUGAAUCAGCUGCCUCCACAGCCACCUCCUCAGCUUUCUCCUGCCUACCAGGCAGGGCCCAACAAUGCUUUUUUUAAUAAUGCAGUUUCUCAUCGACCACAGUCCCCUCCUGCAGAGGCUGUGAUCCCUGAGCAGCCCCCUCCCAUGCUGCAAGAAGGCCACAGUCCCUUGCGAGCCAUUGCACAGCCUGGCCCCCUUCUUCCUUCACAUCUGAAUAACUUCACUGAUGAGAACCCCCCAGGAUUGCCGAUAGGAGAGGCUUUAGAUCGUAUGCAUGGGAGUGUAGCCCUGGACACAUUACGACAGCAGCAAGUGCGGUUACAGCAGUGGAAUGAGCAUCACGCCUACCUGAGUCAGGGCAGUAUUCCAUACUCACACCAUCAACAGCCUCAUCCUCACCUCCAGCAUCUUCCUCAGCCGCCCAUUGGAUUACAUCAGUCGCCAGUGAAGGCAGACUGGAAGCUGCCCAGCAGUGCCGAAGGUGAAGCAGAAACAACAGAGUCAAGGUUUCAGGACUUACUCAGAGAACUGUCCAAUCGUGAUCAAAGUGAAGCACGGGAACUAGCUGAGAUGCCACCACCUCAAUCAAGACUUUUGCAGUAUAGACAAAUUCAGACCAGGAGCCCACCAGCAGUCCCCUCUCCCCCUUCCAGUACAGACCACAGUAGCCAUUUUUCUAACUUUAACGACAAUAGCAGAGACGUUGAAGUAGCCAACAACCCAGCAUUUCCGCAGCGACUACCACCCCAGAUAUUCAGCUCGCCUUUCUCAUUGCCAUCUGAACACCUUGCCCCUCCUCCCCUGAAAUACCUGGCAUCUGAUGGAGCAUGGACUUUUGCUAACUUACAACAGAAUCACCUGAUGGGGCCAGGUUUUCCCUAUGGCCUACCUCCAUUGCCUCACAGGCCACCACAAAACCCUUUUGUACAAAUACAGAAUCAUCAACACGCUAUUGGUCAAGAGCCAUUUCACUCAUUGUCAUCUCGAACAGUAUCUUCUUCUUCGCUCCCUAGCUUAGAAGAGUAUGAACCCAGAGGACCUGGCCGGCCCUUGUACCAAAGAAGAACCUCCUCUAGCUCAGUCCAACCUUGUUCUGAAGAAGGAAGCACUCCUCAAGAUAGCCUUGUUCGGUGUAAAGAGCUUCAGGACCACAAUAACCCAUCCUCUUUCAACUUAUUAUCCCCGGAGUCCUGGGUAAACACCACCUCAUCUACCCCCUAUCAGAACAUUCCGUGCAAUGGAUCCAGCCGGGCAGCCCAGCCCAGAGAAUUGAUAGCUCCUCCCAAGACCAUCAAACCCCCUGAGGAUCAACUGAAGUCUGAAAACCUCGAGGUGUCCAGUUCCUUCAACUAUAAUGUGCUGCAGCAUCUCGGCCAGUUCCCCCCCCUCAUGCCCAACAAGCAGAUUGCAGAGUCGGCUAACAGCAGCGGCCAGCAGACCUCGGGGGGCAGCAAGCCCGCCAUGUCCUACGCUAGCGCUCUGCGGGCGCCCCCCAAGCCCAGGCCCCCGCCUGAGCAGGCCAAGAAGAGUAGCGACCCUCUGUCUCUGUUCCAGGAACUCAGCCUGGGGAGCUCUGCAGGCAGCAAUGGCUUUUACUCCUAUUUUAAAUAAUCACUUUGUUUUUGCCUCAAGGGAGAAUGUUUUAAUUUCUGUUUCUAUCAAUAGAAUUAAGAUAGUUGGACUUCAUCUAUAGAUGCACAGUUCCCUUUGUUUUAAUAUUAAAUAUGUUCUCACUUAAUUGCUUCGCUGCUAGACUUGCAACUAAUUUUUUAAAAGUAUAUUCCAUUAUUUUGCAUUUUUGACAUGAGUCAGAAUUUUGACAGCUUUUAUGUAGAAUAAAAAUAUUUUUAAAUUUGUGUAUUGUUACAUAUGUUUGCAUCGAGCUAGCAGCUAAGAGGUUAAUUGUGCAACUAUAAAAAAAAGAGAAAAAAGUUUGUCUAAAAUGUAUUUAAAAAGAAAAAAAAAGUUGUAAGUAGCAUUUACAUUUAUUCAAUAAUAUUACCAUAUGCUGGGUUUCUGUACCAGAAAUGGCCAGUUAUGUACAAAAUGUAUGUUAUUUUUGCUUAAAUUCAUUUAAAAUUUUUUAAAAUAAAGGGCAGCAUCUUAUAAAUACUUUAAGUUUUAUCAGCUUUUUUUUGGGUGACAAGAUGCUGCAUUCUAAAACUUUGAUAGUUUUAGACCACGUGUGGUGUGCUGAUGUCAUCUCCAUCCACUGAGGAUAGAGUCAGAGGCGUUCUUCGCAGGUGUACCUGUAUGCCACUGUUCUUUGUAACGUGAAAAAACAUGGGCAUACUUAGUUAUUUUUUUGAACAAGCUACACUUCAAGCUUGUUUUUACUGUUAAUUUGAUAGUGUGUUUUUUUUAAACAGAUCAUGAAGCUGAAAAUUUUUAGGAUUGUUGGUGCUUAGUAGACUUGAUAACUAUUUUAAAAAUGCGUGGAUUUAGUAAAAUCUUUUUUUCCUCACUAUGCAUGUGUAAACGUUUGUAAUCUGGCUCCCCGUCGCCCCCUGCCCACUCCAGUGGUAUAAAAAAUUGUGCCGCUUUAAGGUUAUUCCCCCUCCCAUAAAAAUUUUGGUACCUUAUUUAAUGUUUACAUAACAAUGUGACAUUAUACAUGGCAAUUCAAAUAUUUUACUAACUGUUUGGUUUGAGGAACAUCAUUAAAGAAGAAACAUGUUUGUCAAAGAUGCAUCAAAAUUCGUCAAAAUCUGAGGCAAAAAGCUACCUUUGGUUUUCAUGUCUUUUGAUUCUUCUAAAAUAACCCCACUGAACUUGUACAAAAAUAUAAACUUUAAAUAGCAAUCUUAAAUAUUUUACAGUCUAAACGCUGUUUUGAAUGAACUUCUGUAAAAAUCCAAAGGGAAAACAUUUAUCCUCUUGAAACUUGUGAUUUCGUAACCCUUUUGAAGCGAUGCAUGUCCUUGUUGUUUUCCUGAUCUAGUACCACCACUUAUACUUGAGAAGUAGUUUGAAACUACAAUAUAACUUUUAAAAACUAAGAGGAGGUUGGGAAUAUUGCAAAUGAACCAGUGGGUCCUGAUGAUCGAUCGGAGGCCUGGGCCAUCCUGUACUCGCAGUAGGCUUUUAAAACGGUUGGGAAGUGGCAAGGGUAAAGAACACUUACAUCUCUGAUGUUGGGCAGCCACAGCCCCCUGUGACCCCCCGACAGCUUAGGAGGAGAGAGUGCCUUUAUCCGAAGGUUCUCAGGCUGCAGGGCAGGUGCAGGAUGCCUCCCGCUGAGCUGUCUUUCUGCUCGUGUGUGGCUGUGGGGUCUAGGGGUCUCGGUGUGCAGAGUGCAGACAUGCGAAUAGUUAGUAUAAAUCACAGCAAGUCACGGCACCACGUUUUCUCCGUGUGAUGUCAGGUCUCCAUGUGUAGCUAUGCCAGAUGUUACCCAGCAUCCUUUAGUCACCAGGAAAGAAGAAAAAAAUUUGCCAUCUAGCUAUGUAUUUCCAACUCUGUCACAAAGCUGAAGACAUAGCCCAAAUGAAAAUUAGGUCUCCCUGGCGUGAGGAUGCCUGUGAAAAUCAUUUUCUCGUCACUGAUGAUCUCCUCUCCCCCAAAUCUACAGACUGUAACACACACCAGAUAAAUGUUCAGAAGCAUCUGAAUAAUAUGAAGACAAAACUGUCAUGUCAGGUUGACCUCUUGUCAUGAAAUACUAGCCUCAUUUUCUGGUUUCCAUACUUGAACCUUUAAAAAUUAUCCGUUUUAAAAUUAUUUAUAUUUAUAUUUACUUAAAGAAGCCAUGUGCACGCCCCGCCACCUUAUAUAAAUAUAUUGAUGAUGGGAGCUUUGGAUAAGGGAGCUGUUAAGUUGUGACACUCCUCUUCUAAGUGGUUAUUUCUAAAACAAAACUGAAAAUAGUAGCCACUUACUAGUCCCUUGCUCUGCCGUGAGUGUCUGAGUCUCUUCUGCAGCCAUCGGGUCGGAUGCUGUUUCCGUCUGGUCCUCUUUGAGAGUCUGGCUUUGGUCGUGUUUCCACCCCCAGCAAGUUUACUUUCUCAGCAAUAGUUAAUACCAUCCUUCCAGUUGGUCAUUAAACCUGUUGUCUAUGCAUAAUCUCUUGAAUGGUUCUGAGCAAGUCUUACUGCAGGAAUCAUUACAAGUUUCCAUGGAAACAAGGCUUGGCUUCUGAGGACCAGUCAUGCUGUUUUGGUGUUGUUUGGGUAAUAUUAGCAAGUACCCACAAAUAAGACUUUUAAACAAUUUAAAGACUAGCUUCAACCCUAGCAUUAAGAAAACUUUGUGUUAGCUUUUGAAUAGUACCCAGUAUUACCAACUUCCUUUUCUUCUAGAACAGAUUUCUUCUAAGUGAGGUUCAUUGUUUACUUCUUUGUCCUUUGUUUCAUGAGGAAGCUCCCUCUUUCUUGCCAGAACUAUCUUUUUAUUCGUUUCACUUUUUAAUUUCUUCAGCUACUAAGAUUUUUUUCCCCUUAAAGAAAUUCUUUUGGGUGAUAGAAUUUGUAAAAAAUUCAUGCUGAAAAUUUUUUCCUGGUCUGAAAAUUAAUUUUUUAUUAAGAUUUGAAGAGCCUCAUUCAGUGGAACAUGGAUAUUUUCUGGUGUGUUUUUAAAGGGGGUUUUGAUUGUCAUUUUGGCAUAUGCCUUGCCAACUUGUUAUAGCAGAACUUUGUUUUUGAUUCAUCGGUAGUUAAUUAUUGACCAUUUAAACUAACAUGACCUUAAUUUUUCUUUCCUUAGGCAGAUGUGCUUUCUAUCUAGGCCGUUUUGUAUGUAUGAAAUAACAAACUGCUUUGUGGGGUUUUUUCAUCAGAGAGUCUAGAAUAAGUUCAGGUUUGGUAUAAACAUCAAUUGGUCUUUUCAGUUCAAAGAGUUGGAGAAUAAGUAAAAUAAGCAGAAUUCCCACUGAAUAAGCAUUACCUAAUUAAACAUAGCAAUCUCCAAGACCAAUUUGUGAAAAUAGCUUCCUUGUUUAUGGAGGCAUUGAAAUUGCUGAGAAAGCUAACUGAAUUUUCUAACUUGGAGGUAAUAUGUAGUAGUAUUUUGCUCUAGUGUAGUUGAUUUUACAUGUUUAAUAUUGUUCAUAUAUAUACAUCUCAAGAGCAAAGCUAUAAACAUAUAAGAAUGUAUCUCUAUGUACCUUGGCUAGAGAGAGCCAUCUUGCCUAAGAGCCAGGGUGAAAAACAGUUUCAAGAUAAAUUUUAGAUUUCAACUACUGUUAUUAAGAAAAUUAGAUUUACUGGAAAAGCCAUUUAAAAAGAGACACCUGUUAUACUUAUGGUAGAUAGCAUUUUUUUCUAUUGGAGUUGUUUUUAAAAAGGGAAUUCCAGAAAGAGUCUAAACUUUAAAUAUAUUAAAAGUUACAAAUUGCUGCCUUAAAAUGUUAUUUAGGCUACCAUUUUUUUUUCUCUUGUAUCUCCAGAAAGGUAGCAAUUUGCCUUUUGUGAUUCACCAGACAUUAUUCCUUGCUAACCAUCCCCUUAGCUUAUGAAAACCCUUCAUUUCUAACACCACCCCGUGUGUCUUCCUAAAUCUCAAGUAGAUGUUCCCAUGGUUCCGGUUUUUCUUUCCUCUUUUUGCCAUCUAUCCACAAAUGACCUAGCAGAUAGAAAUAAUGGAUAAUGUCUUAGCCAUGAUUUCUUGUCCAAAUGGUCACUUCAGUUAUGUCCAUCACGUGGCGUAAAGAUUUCAAGAGUAAGUGGCAUGUUAGUCUUAAACGUGCUCAUUAUAUUGGGCUUCUCACAUUUCCAUCUACUUGAGGUUGGUAUCUAUUUGCUGAGAUUUUACUGUGAAGCUGCUACAUUCAGACUUACUACUUUCAUGCCUGUUUAAUUAGCCAUUUCAAGACCAUUGUUACAAGAAAUGAAUGUUACUAACCUUGAACGUUCUUAUAAAACACAUGCAGAAAAUGUCAUUGUUAUUGCUUUAAACAAGAAUAUCAGAUUAAACAGAUGGACAAUAAAUUUUUAAUGUAACAUUUACAAUUUUUGAAAUGAUUGAAAAAUAUCUACUUUGGAAUAAACUUGAAGGAAACAGUCACAGGAGUUUCUAAAUGUUUUUUUGAGGGGAAUUACCUAACAGAAGAAUCUAGACUUAGUAGUGUGAGCUGUUGUGGUUAAAUCCUAAGCCCAAUUAUGCAAUAGUAGCCUAAAGCUUCUAAAACAGGAAUGUUAAGGAAAGAAACCCAGAGACCUUCAGAUACCUGUAGUUUCAGUAAUCUGAGUAUUAGAUUACUGGACUUUAUUUGCAAGUUGUUCAACAGAUUUUAUUUUGAUACAAAUAUUAAGCAUAAUCAAGUAAGUUUUAUAUAAUUCUAUGGGUUCAUUAAUCGAUACUAUGGCAUUUUCGUUGUGUUCUUGGGGAGUUGUUUUAGCUAUUUCUACACCUCUUAUGUGAGGUCUCUUUUGUGUUUGAUUUUGCAUUAUAGCAUGUGACGGCCUACCUUAGAAUUAUGUGGAUGAGGAGAAAUCAGUAUUACUUUUAAAAAAUCUAUUUUUUUGAAAUAAGUUUUUUCAUUCAUACUUUUUUUGAUCUUUGAGAAAGUAAGGGGUGGCAAAUGAUAAAGGUUUCCACAGAGUGGAAGCCACUCAGAAGUGUGUUUAAAAGUCUGUCCUGUUUGAAGAUUCGAGAAUGUCAAGCAGGAUGGAGCAGUGGUUUCAAACGUAAGGCAGCAGCAGCAGUGCCUGGAGGGGCUUAUUAAAAUACAGGUUGCCGGGCUCCGCCCUGAGUUUCUGCUUCCCGGCUGGAGCCCCAUCAUUUCCAACAUGUUUCCAGGUGAUGGAAACAGGUUCAGGGACCACCCUUUGAGAACCACUGGUCUAGAGAAAGUCUGACAGUCUUUUCAACCAUGCAUUUAUUUACUCUGUAUAAACACAGAGCUCUCAAGGCAUUUUUAUAAUUCGGAUGCUGUGAGUGGAACAUCCGUGAAGAAAGCUCUGAGGGAGGAGCCCUUUGGGCUGCCUGGCACCCCAACCCGUUGCCGGCCCCCUCUGAGCUCAGUGCCCCUCCUCCUCAUGAGGGUGCAGAAGCUCAUGUCUAGGGUGGGUCUGAAUUUGUGUUCACGGCAGCCUGGGCUUUAGUCUGGAAACUGCAUUUGUUUGACGUGCAUAGAGUCUGUCUCGGUAAUCUGUGCCACUGGAGAUGAGACUUGUGGAAGGAAGCCAUCAGAAUGUCGCAAGGAUGCACUUGGCACGAGGCACAGGAGGCCCUGUCCUAAGAUAGAUAAUCCCUAAAUAAUGUAUUUGUAGUUUUUAUUAUUGGGGGGGGGGGGCAAGGGAUUUCUUUUCAAAUUAUGUAUUUCUCAGGUUAACAGAAUUAUUUUGGAUUCUCUGCCUUGUCAGCAGGUAUUAGGGGAGGCUGCAGUAAUAUAUAGACAUAUAUAUGGCAGAAAACUGAUAAUUGAUUGCUUUGUUACCUUAAAAACACCUAUAUAUGUUUGCAAAAUAGUAUAGGGGAAUCUACCACCUACACAGCAUGAGUUAUUCAGAAACUAUAGGUGCAUAUGGAUGAGCAAGUUAUUUUUUGAGAAGGAAACUAUCUAUGAGAUAAUAAACCUGACAAGUCUUUGGAUAUUUUAAAUUUUGUGUUAAUGUCAUUGUUACUAUUCUUUUCUGAACUGUAGCUUGAGGGGUAUUGGGCUCUGCCUCCGAUUUUUAGUUUGGCUUUGAAUUUACUGAGAUGCCAGAAAGAGAAAAGAUAUUUUUAAGAUAAUAAAUUGUAGAACGACUUAGCUGUAGAAGCCCAUAUGAUAAGCAUCACAGAUUGCACAGCUUUGGGAUUCUUCACCCAGUACCUCCGACGCGCAAGGCUCCAUGCCCUCAGUGGGGAUUGUUUAUUGUUCAGCACAGGUUCCUUUAUCCACUUCCACCUCACAGGGAGCUUCGUUUUAUUUACAUUUUGCUUUGCACGAUACCUUGUAUGCGGAAACUUCUAUCUUUCAGUAGCUCCGAGGGCACCCUUGUCCGGGUUGAAGUCCUAACCUGUCAAUCACACCUGAGAGUGUUUCUCAGCCCCCCCCCCCCCCCACCCCAUCCAGAGGAAGGGUCUUGGAUUUUCAUGUCUCUAGACCAGCCGUGGGCAAACUACGGCCCGCGGGCCGGAUCCGGCCUUUUUGAAAUGAAUAAAACUAAAAAAAAAAAAAGACCGUACCCUUUUAUGUAAUGAUGUUUACUUUGAAUUUAUAUUAGUUCACACAAACACUCCAUCCAUGCUUUUGUUCUGGCCCUCCGGUCCAGUUUAAGAACCCAUUGUGGCCCUCCAGUCAAAAAGUUUGCCCACCCCUGCUCUAGACCAUGCCUGCUUCCUAUGAACCCACGUAUGUGACAUUGUACUGUAUCCGCUUUCUGUGCCAGUCAUCUGACCUGAUUCAUGGAAACCCCUGGAGGUACUGGUGAUGCGUAGUUGUAUCCUAGGUAAACAUGGUGAUGGAGAUACCUCUCCUCUAGAGUAUAAAGGUAAUGGGUUUUGUUAAAGGGUUUGCAUUUUAUUAAAGGGUCCUGCUAUUAGUGACAUAGUGUUUUUUUCCUUAAUGCUUCAAAAAUAGAGUUCUUAUCUAAACUUUUCAACUAACUUCUUAUGAUAAAUCACUUACGUUCAUACUGGGCCUUAUUUUGGCAAGUCUUCCAACGGGAGGCUGAUGUAACACAGAGGUGGUCAACUUCCACCUCCGAGAAGUCUGUUGUAUGGCCAUUUCUAAUUUACGGCAAAAUUAUAACAAUUUCUUUUCCUGAUGUUAAUGAUACCUCGUCUGAGAGGUUCUAGUACCUGAAGAGACCCAAUGCCACUCUCUGGGGUUUUAUUUUCUUCCUCUUUUGGUCUUUUUCUUUCUUUUUAAACUUAGUUUUGGAAUUACUUUAGCCACUUGGAUUCCUUAGAACAAGUUUUCAGUUUAGGGGUCUAUAGCUCCUCCCUUGUGAUCAUUGUCUCAGUGAAGUUCUUUUGUUUUAAAAGAUUCAUGGUAACAUAAAAUGUAUUUUACUGCUACAACUAAAAUGUAUUUAUAAUAAAAUGCCUUUUUAAUAAUGUG